GCCACCGGGGCUUCCGCCCUAUGGCAGCCCGCCGUGGGCACAAAGUGGCAGAUUGUCCUGCAGAACCCGCUCGACAUGAGCGGCGUCAAGAAGAUGACGCCCGACGUGCCCGUCUACGACAUUGACCUCUUCACCAACACGGACGACGGGGCCGACAAGGCCCGCGUCAUCGGCAAGCUCCACAGCCUCGGCAAGAAGGUCAUCUGCUACUUCAGCGCAGGCACGUACGAGCCGUACCGCCCGGACGCCAAGCUGUUCAAGCAGUCGGACCUCGGCGCCACGCUGCCCGAGUGGGACGACGAGAACUGGCUCGACAUCAAGAGCAGCAAUGUUCGCAGCAUCAUGGCGCAGCGGAUCAAGAUGGCGGCAGACGUGGGCUGUGAUGCCAUCGAUCCCGAUAAUGUGGACGUCUAUAACAACCAGAACGGCGGCGGUUUCAAGCCCGCCCUGACCCAAGCCGACUCCAUCAACUACAUACGAUUCCUCGCGACCGAGGCCAAGAAGUACGACAUGGCCAUGGGCCUCAAGAACGCCAUCGAGAUCGUGCCUAGCGUCAUCGACUGGGUCCAGUUCGCCGUCAACGAGGAGUGCACGGCGUACAAGGGCGACUGCGAGACCUUGGGCAUGUUUGUCGACGGCGGCAAGCCCGUCUUCCACAUCGAGUACCCAGACGAGGACAAGUACUACGAGGGCCCGACAAAGGGCUUCCCCGCGAGCGUCAGGGCCCAGCACUGCGCGGCCGCCGGCGAGCCUGGGUUCUCGACCAUCAUUGCCACGUACGAUCUGAGUGGCUGGGUGCAGUGGUGCGAUGCUGCUGGCUCGAUCUAUGUCACUCCUACG